UGUUUGCGGGAUGCCCGAGAGCGGGGGUAUUUUGGAAACAAUACCGCGCGGGCGGCGGCGGCGGCGGAGGCUGGUCUCCGUGCGCGCGCGCCCGCCGCCUGCGCCCCUUCGCCAGGAGAGAUGGAGUCUCCUCAUUAUGUGGAAGAGCUGGAGGACGAUGUGUUCCACCCAGAGGACUCAGAGCCUGGUGCUCAGCCAGGGGGCCUGACCUCGCCAGCUCUGUUUGCCCAGAGCCAGCCUGACUAUAUGCUGGAUGGGCUGCAGCUUUUCCCUCUUACCCACUGCUGUGGCCCAGGGCUUCGCUCAGUUGGCCAGGAAGACAAGGCCACUCAGACCCUCAGUCCAGCCUCCCCAAGCCAGGGUGUCAUGCUGCCUUGUGGAGUUACCGAAGAACCCCACCGACUCUUUUAUGGCAACGCUGGAUAUCGACUUCCCCUCCCAGCUAAUUUUCCUUCGAGCCUGAGGCUUGGAGCGGAGCCUCCCGAGGAGCAGUGGGAGCAUCGAGCUGAGGUGCAGAUUGCCCGAAAGCUUCAGUGCAUCGCGGACCAGUUCCACAGGCUCCACAUGCAGCGGCACCAGCAGAACCAAAACCAUGUGUGGUGGCAGAUCCUCCUCUUCCUUCACAAUUUGGCCUUGAACAGAGAGGAGAACAGGAAUGGGGCAGGCCCUAGGUGAGACGUUGCUGUCCCUCUCUGUGAGGACCACAGGGAGAAUCCCACCUCCACGCCUGGAGCAGGACAUCGGGGAGAACUCCAGGAAAACUGGCACUGUGUCUUGUGAAGUUUUUUUUUAUUAUUAUUAUUUUGACAUUUUUUGUCUGUCUGUUUCUGGGAUUUUGUUUGUUUGUUUUACUAUCUUUAUGUACAUAAGACCAACUCAACAAGGGACAUUUGUUCUGCUCCCAGCCAUCCCCCAGGCUGGAGAGCCUUGGUCAAACACUGUUGAAGGAAAAGCUGGUGUAUCUGUGUUGAUGAGACCUUCUGCUGGCUCCUGGCAAAUGGACCUUCGAGGCAGCGGGUGCUGAAGAUGACCAUCACUUGGUUCUUUCUGGGAAGGAAGGACAGCGCUGACUAAUGAUGAAGGAGCUGGGUUUGACUCCUCCCCGUUCACAAGAACCACCUCUUCUCUAUGGCUGUUGUUGGGCAUCCAUUCUGUUGCCCAAGCUCGGAGAUUGGGUUUGUGUGAGGAAAAACAAACCAGAUGUGCUGACAUCAGCCCUGGGUGGGUCACCUUGCCCAGCUUCUCCCGAUUCCCUUCCCAACAGCUCCUUACUGCAGAUUGUGGCUGUGAAAUUUUUCCCUCAGAGUGAAGAGAAAAUAGGUUUGUUGAGCCUAAUACAGACCAGUGCUGGAUGGUAGCACUGCUCUGGUCACUAUCAUUUAAAUGUAAAGGAAAUUUACUCACUAUGGGCUUCCAUCUUGGACAUACAGCCACCAGGCACUAAAGAGUUAGUUAUCAAGUUCAUCAGUCAUUGAAUUGGUGACAAAUCCAGGAUUUGCCUCAGGAUUUCUAGUAUCCCUCUUAAGGACUGGGGGGGGGGGCAGGUGGGUAAGGCUACUGUGGCAUUCCCAGGAGUCAAAUUGGACCCACAGCCACAGGAAACUGCUACAGAAUGAACCAAACUUAUAAGCCAACUUUGGAUCUGAUUUGGCAAUGAAUUGGCCAGAAUUGAUAAGAACAUUUUCUC